CCGGUUACUUCAUGCGACAUAUCAGCUUUACAAGCGACAUACUUCCUUGAAAUUGCUGAGGCAGAUUUAUCAUCUCGCAGUAUUACAUGGCUCUUUCACAAGAAGCAAAAGCGAUUAAAGGUGUGGGUAUAUGAAUAAUGUCGGUAUAUGAUUUCCUUAUCAUAAACGUACAGGUGUUUUUGAGCCAAUAUUUAUUGUUCUAGUACCGUCCUUGGCAUCUCAACUUGACGGCGGAAUGGCCUGGGUUAUAUGAAGAGAUAUAUAAACAAAAGAAAUAUAUAAAGACAAUAAUACAACUAUUGGGAUACAACAAGAAACACAUAACAAUACACGGAUACGACAAGGAUAAGACUCAAAUGGCGAGGGUAUUCUCGCAGAUCUGGUAGUGCAGACAAAAUUGUAAGCUGUAGACCAAAACCGGUUCGCCUUCGGUCUUGCCAUCGCAGACUGUGUCUGCUCGAAAGAGAAAUUUAUGUAGAGCAAUACAAAGGUAACUAUUUACAAUUAUUCUCAAAUCUCAAGCGGGUUCGAGGUAGUGCAUGAAGACGAGUGUAUAUAGACAAGGUUGAAUUAUGAAGGAUUGUAUUUUAGAAUUGGAAGUAUAACGCGAGCAAUUAUAAACAGAUAAAUAAACACAGACACAAUAGUACAAGAAUAAGACUGUACACGUAUUCUUUGGCGAAGAAAUUUUCAAGCGGAUGCGGACGAGAUCAAUAUUGAGUAAAUAAACUCGUAAACGCUUACGUUAGCAGAUAAUGUAAAGUAUUUAGUGCAGUAAUAUAAAAGUUAUCACGAAACAAAUUGUCAUGUCACCGGUCAAUGAAAUGGCAGCUCCCCAAGGGCACGGGUACUCGAUGGAUCGUAUUACUUUAUCAGACCAAUUGGAAAGCGGGAGUAAAGUUGGAUAUUGGAUGAUCAUGAAAGGGCAUUAUAAUGCAGCAAGCGGGCUAGAUGGACGUAUUAAUGCCCCACGCAAUGUUGAACUACCACAAAGUCAAGGUGCUUCUUCAACUAUGACAUCGUCAAUGAGUUGUGGCAUUGAACAGUCGGGCUAUUCGUAUGUUGAUCUGCCCCAAACACCACAAAAUGGGGUACAACAAAGUUUAGUUGAAAACUGUGAAGAUACUUCUGCAACUUUGAGAUCGUCUUCAAUAUUCAGUAGCAACAAACAGUUAAACUGCUCAUCUACGGUGAAUCAAAUUCCCUCUUUCAACUUGCCUGGUUAUGCUUGCGCAAAUACGACGUCUUCUUGCGAUACUUCAGGUGUUCCAUUCCAAUCUCCAUUCAAAAACCUACAAACCUACCAAUGCUCUAAACCUUAUGAAACAACCAAUAACAGGAAUAAUCCAUCGACAGUCCCCUCGUCUAGUAUAAACGAUCCGUCUUGUUCAACUUGGCUCGAUGCAAAUACCUUCCGAUUUAAUCCUACACCAAAUACUAGCACUCCAGAUUUACAGAGUCCAGUGGCAAACCAACAAACUGCCGUUAACCAACUCUCACAAUGCCUCAAACCAACCAGUAAUGUUCCCCCUCCUUUUGGUCCAAAUGAAUUUAAACUGACAAUCUCACUUUCGCCUUGGGAUGUAUCAAUGCAAAACGUGGAAUGGAUGUAUAUUGAUAAAACUGGCCUGAAACUCACCCUCAAUCUGAAUACAUCAUUUUUACUGGAACAUCUGUAUAAUACAUACAGUAGGUUAAAUUCUACAAUCACAAUGAGGCUGCCAGAGACGGGACGAGAGUAUCAGAUUUGUCCAAAAGAUAUGGAAAUGAUUGAUGUGUAUACUGGAGAGAAAAUUGCACUGUUUAGACAGAUCAAUAUGCCUGAUCUCGUUCAACCACUACAGUAAGUAUCUCUCUUAUGUAUAAUUUCCUGAUUUAUUGUAAUUAUGUUUUUAGCAUAUAUACGUCGUUCCAUGUUAAUUUACUAAUGCGGAAAAGUCCUGUGCCGGAAUCGAAAUUUUUCAGUGCAAUUCCUUAUAUGAUUCUCUCACCUUAUGAGAGAAUCCUAAGGAAUUGUACUGCUUCUUCAGGAAUAAAUUAUGAAGAUGUGAAAAUUUUACAACUCUGUUAAAUUUAUUUAGGACUGGUCUCAUGAGUGAAUUUCCAUUGCUUUGGUCACCGCAACAGAAUGACAUUGAGUUAGUUACGCUGGACAAGGGAAAAUCGGAAUAUCGUACUAUAAGAAACACAUUUCUAUGUAGUAUGCCAGAAAGUUGUGUCAUUGGAAUUGAGAGAAUCCAAAACAAGAAACUGUUUGUAAGAUAUGCUUUCCAGAAAGCUAUGUUGUUAGAUAAAAAUUCUGGUAAGUCAUUUUAAAAUACCCUAGUUCGAUUGUAGAUAAAUUUUUGUUGCAGAUAAUAUCUUGAGGGUUGGGUAAUUCCAGUGUACCGGGUGUCCCAAAAAAAACUUGCGCUGUUUGAUUUAAUUUAACAUAAAAAACUAUAAAAGCUAUUGCACUCAAAUAUGUUAUAUUGUAUUCAGAAAGGCCUAACUUAGAUUUUGAUAUGUAACAUUUGAAUAUCCGUGCAAUAUUUACUGAGCUUUCGAUGUUUUAAAUCGAAUAAGCAUAUUUGACAAUGUUAAAAAUUUGCAUAAAAUUGCCUGUCAAAUAUUAUUUGGUUAAACUGACUUGAUUAGGCCUAUAUAGAUUAUAGUUUUAUUGUGGCCAAAAGAACGAAUGAAAAACAUAAUUGUUGGAUAAACAUUUAUUCAUUUAUCAUAGAAAGUAUGUCCCCUUGCCUAUACAAUGUCUUGCUCGGAAAACCAUAAAACCCAAACUCUUUGAUCUUUUGUUAAUCGAAGCAUAUUCGAAAGGCAAACGACGACCAACUUUAUAAUACGAACUCUCAAAAGACGUCAAAUAUGCUUUCGAACGUUUUUAUAUGUUUCAUGCUUAUUUCGCCUCCCAAGAAACACGAAAGGUUAACUUAUACCAGGACAUUACCCGAAAUUAAAGUUGAGUGAAAUGCUGUAAUUGAAAUUGUUAUAUAAAUUAUUUAUAUUUCAUAUAAAUUUGAUCAGCCAUGUUUCUCGAUUUUUUUACCCAUUUUUAAAGCGUGCGCCACAUUCAAACGUUUGUAUCUCUCGUAAUAUUACAUGAAAUUUUUAGGGCUGUAUAUCAAAAUCUAAGUUAGCCUUUCCUUAACACAAUAAAACUUAUUUGAGUGUAAUAACUUUUAUAGUUUUUACCUUACAUGAAAUCAAACACCGCAAGUUUUUUUGGGACACCCGGUAGGUAACGAUGGGAUGGACAACAUUGAGAAGUUUUAACACUGGUCAACAGACAGGGAUUAUCCGUCCAUAUAUUAUCCAUCUAGAUGAAUUAAGACAAACUAAAGUGGAUGAUUUGUCCAUGCAAUCAAAUAAUCCGUCUGCAUUUAUAAUAACUAAUAUUAGUGGCCACUAUAAAAUUGAUCUCGAAUCUUGCUCACUAAUCUCUUCAUUUUCCCGUGUCGUGUGACUUUCAGAAAUCGCAAAUCCCGUUCAUUAUUUUCCCUGGUAUCUUGUUUCUCGUUACAAAAAAACGUUAUACCGCGUCCAGCAAAAGCUUAUUAGGGACCCUCAAAGAUCACCGGCACGAACACAGGCCUUAAGAUCGUUCAAUCAUACUCGUAAAAACUAGGAGUUACUAUCGCAAGGAGAAGUGCUGCCGCCGGGCCAUGUGAAAGUUGUCAUCUAGAUUGACUGAAACAGAUCGGAAGAGCACACCAAAAUCAAGAUUGUAUGGGGUUAAUUUAUUCACAUCGCCAAAGACAGAUUGUAUGUCUCAUUUUUACGAUAAAAAUAUUUCGAGUGACUGCAGACUCUUUAUGAUUAAAUGCAUUAAAUUUACAUGUAAUGCGUCUAACCAACAUUAUAAACUUUUUUGCGCGGAGUCUCAAGGUAGCACAAAUGAGCAAUAAAAACAGUGCAAUUAUUUUCCAUCUCUCGUUCUAUAUCUUUCUGAAGAUGUACGCACAUGUUUAUUCGGAGAUCCUUCAAUCAAGCUCGUACAUAUAUAUAGCGACAUACGAAGUACGUAAUUAAAAGGCUUGCUCCGCAGUAAAUGGUGCGCCACUAUACCAGCCAACACAUUUCAAAUGACGUGUCGUACUGUUUCUUCACAAUUACGUCAUGAAAUCGCAUGUAAGAUGAUCAAGGUCACAACAAGACGUUCAAGGUCACAACAAUUGAGAAAUACUUGUAUGUUUCCAAUUUGUUUUCCACGCAUGGUUCCAUUUUCCAACUGUGAUGAUUGAUCCAUGUGUGAAGUGUUACACUCUUGGCCUUUUCCAAUGUUGGGAUCUGUUAACAUAUCUCCUUCAAUCAGGCAUACGUCGACAUCUCAUCAGCUAGUAUCGUAUAAAACUACCCCAUUCUUUAUAUUUAAACCGAAAAUCCUUAUAUAUUUUUGUCCUUGUGAUGAAUACGAUUUAUAAUUUAAAGUUGUCAGGGAUAACUAAAACGUGAUUUACUAACGAAUGAGGCUAAUACAGUUCAAUAGAUGAGCGCCAAUUUUUUAUGAAGAUACAAUCUUUGCCAAAAACUUUGGGAAGAUACUGAAAUUUCACGUCAUCUUAAAGGCUAGCGGCCCCGUGUGAGGUUCAAUGCUGAUCCCACAAAAGACCAAUGUCUGUGAGUCAAGCGGCAACAUUGAAAUGACGGAGGGAGGAAGCGGGGAAUAAAUGUAUAAAAAGUAGCAUAAUACAUCUGAAUUUAUGUUAACCAAAUUGUCCCAAUGACAAUGUUUGAGGCAAUGUUAGCCUUAUGUAAGGUUGUUGUCGAAAGCGAAUAUCCUUAAAUCAUCACAAAACACACAGGAACAGGUUUUGCGAUUGGCUGAUUAUAGCCUGAGUAUUAAUAGGCUCUAUAUUAUAGAUCUUCAGAUUUGCGUGGCGCUACCAUUCCUCUCACUGGUUUAGUAAACAUCUGAUUGGUUGAUCGGAUAUAUCAAACUCAGCUAACUGGCUAAUGGUCCCUUAAUGAUAUAAUCAAUGAUCAAUAAUCUGAACCUCAUUACAAGUGGAGCCUGACACAGAUCGAUCUUAACCGAUCGAUCUCCACCCACGCAUAGUAUAGUUUAUAUUUAUAGUAUCCAAUCAAAGUGUCCUAGGAGAGGGGUCAAUUUCACACAAUAACCACAACAAUCUAAAUAUGCCUUGAACAAUACAAUAAUCUAAUUAGCACUAACCAAUCAAAAGACAGAGUAGAAUUUUUUGUCUGAAAGACCAGUCAUGUGAAUAGCAGGAUUUUGCGGCCAGACGCGAGUGAGAAAAACCUGAAAAUUCGGCGGCAAGCACCUGGGAAAAUCAUUUUGAACAUGGCGUGCCAGUGCUUUGUAUAAGGUUUGCCAUUAGUUAUUCACCUGCUAAUAAUUUAAGAUCGUAUAGAAGCCACUGAUGGCCAGUUUCUAUAUCCAGAAAAUACACGUUAUUCCCCAAAAAUAAUCAGACACCAUUAGUUCCUAUUAGAACUUAUUCUACCAUGUCAAUAAUAUCACUGUAGAUUUCAGUGCGCUUUAGUAAUAUUUUGCCUCAUGCAUAUUAUGAAAACUGCGGAUUCUUCCUUCGCGUGAGAAAAAAAUCAUGUCUUGUUUUCGUGUCUAAAUAUCCAGGAAUGCUACCAGAUUCCUGACGUCGUGAAAGCAACGGGAAUUAAUUGUUUUAAAAUUAACUAUGAAUAGUUUGACAGUUUAGCGGUAAUAGCACUGUUUACAUGAAUAUUGUGGUCGUCUCGUGCAACACACGUGAUUUUGCCCUUUUUAUUGAAUAUCUCGCACUGUAUCUAUCGUGUUACUCUCAAAAAUUUGUGGUUAGGUACACAAUCAUUCACAAUCUGUCAAGAGUUUAUAUAACUUUAAAGGCCUGGUCCAAACGUCGAAUUUUGCAUGUAUUGAAUAAAUUCGGCUUGGUGCAUUGCCUGAAAUGAAUAAUGAUGUGAAGCUUGAGACAUAGAAAAAUCUCGUUUAUAAGAAUAUAAAGAUUCAAAAUAAAAUUUCAUUCUUUAAAGAAUAACAGUCAACCGUGAUGCUUCGCGCGCUAUGUAAAUGUUUACAUAUACGCCGGGGAGUUAAAAAUAGUGUUGUCUUUGAAAACAAUCAUACACUAAAAAUGAUAUCAACAAAAAAUCUUUAAUACAUUUACCCGCUGGUGUUUUGAUGAAAUCCUGAUUCCUGCUCCAUCGCCUGCUACGUUCACGCAGUUCGUCCAUGCUUUGAUGGAGCAGGAUUUCGGGGAACGCGCUAUGCGAAAGCCCUCGUAUUCCCAGGCUUUCUUUCUUUUCCGUCCAAAGGACGUGCGUUGAACUUGUCAACGAUAUUCUUUUAGAUAUACCCUCACUUGUUGGUCUUCCACGAACGGGAAAUAUAUGCAGAAGCCAUAAUUAGCCAUUUGCUUUAUAAAAUGAUAAGACUUUCUAAAAUAAUUGGUUAAAGGGACAUGGUAAUAAAAAUUAACUUUGCCUUAUUUGAAAGAACCUUUAAUUUUAUAUAUGAAGGCCCUUUUCAACUUUUUCGUACCUUGCUUGGUUUUCGAAAUAUUUUGACCAAAAACAUCAUGCAGUCCGCCAUCUAAGUAUCAUAAUUGACCUAAUUAACUGAGCUGUUGAUGACGUCACAAGCAGGGUAAAUUUCUUAAAACCUCUUCAUGUGGGACAAAAUGUCUUCAAGAAGUUUCUUAAAAUGUUAUGAGUUAAUUGAGUACUAGUUUUAUAUUGAUAAUGACAUGUGCACGUGGUUUGCAAGAUAAAAAUUUCGCGUUUUACCCUACUGUUCUUGUGACGUAUGCACAUCGAAUGCAUAUCCAAGAUGGCGGAAUACAUGCUGCUUUUAAUCAAAAUAAGUUGAUUUAUGUUGAAAACCAAACAAAAUACGGAAAAAUUGUAAACAAAGUUUAUAUAUCAUUUUAAAUGCUCUUUCAAGCAAGACAAACUUAAUUUAUAUUGCCAUAUCCCUUUAAGAUAAAAACACACGCCAAACUAUGAAAAAUAUGAAACAUAUUCCAACUAUGAAAAAUAUGACAUCGUCUAAGAAUAAUGCAGAUUGAUAAGGAUACGCUUCGGAUAUCAAUCUUUCGUCACUAUAGUGGCUAAUAAAAUGGCGGAAUACAAAACAAUCAAAACAUUUUAGCGCGCAAAGCAUUACGGUUGACUGUGAUUUUUUAACAGCUGUCAAAGCUUUCUAUUAAUGCAUUUAUUCAUGUAAAACUCAUAGAGAUAUCUGUGGCAAGACGUCCGAGUUUUCUUUUUUCCUUCAAAAUUUUUUUAAUUAUUGAAAGAGCGUGCUUUUAAUUAUUGAAAGAGCGUGCUCGGUCUUGACGCGUAUCUGGGGUCACAUUUGGCUUCGGGAAAAAGAUAGGCAGUUUGUCUGAAGGUGGCACUCCAGUUAUAUUCAUUUCACUGCACUACCUACUCUGGGUUUGACUAAACUUACAUGAACUGAUGUAUCACGUGCACGUUUUCUUUCAGGCAAUGAACAAAUGUUGAAUGAGAAGUUGUUAUUUCACGGCACGAGCACAACACCAUCCAGCAAAAUAUGGCAAAGCGAGGAUGGUUUCGAUUUACGAUACUCUAGCCGCGGUAUGUGGGGGAUUGGCUCUUACUUCGCUGAGAAGGCGUCCUACUCCGACAAGUACGCUUACACGUACACUGUGAAUUCUUGUCAGUUCCGUGAAAUGUUGGUUGCAAAUGUCCUGACUGGAAAUUCUAGGCACAUGCCAUCAAAUAGUAAGUCAAGGAAACUAACUAGGCCCCCGGUGUAUGUCGAAGCGACGGCGAGCAAUCCCGAAGUGCUAUACGACUCUGUGACGGGUGAUACCGGAGGGAGCCGAAUAUAUGUACUUUAUAAAUUAGAUAUGGCUUACCCCAGUUACCUUGUUCGUUAUUUCAAGCUAUAAACACAUAACCUUUAGCCGAGUUUCCUAGCUACUGUAGUUCAUUGUUUCAAGCUUAAAUAAUUACAGUAACCUUUGUGAAUUAACUGAGUUACCUACAAUCUCAUUGCAAGAAACUAGGCGACAAAUACAGUAAUUUCACAUACAAAACUGUAAUGUAAAACACUUAGCGCCUCGUGCACACCUUUCAAUGUUGGCCACAUAAAGGUCAACCUGUUUCCAUAUGUUAGUGUUGGAAGGGGUAGGCAGAGUGAGGGCGAAAUUUCUGCCCCCUUUCUGAAAUGUCUGAAGAAGUUGUAUAAUACAUCUUGAAUGCAUGUGAAAACGAGAUUUUCCCAAUGUAUAUUGUCAAAGAUUGUAGUUCGCUAUUCCAAGUUUAUUACAUAACCUUUGCAUGUGCCUUACUUCAAUCACCUACAACCUUGGGCAUAAUGCUUGAGACCACUCCUCGCAUAACUUCAAAGCUACACUGUACACUGACGGAGCACAGUUUGUGUCCUCCUGCUGCCGUUCAGUUCUAUGUUUUAAACAAAUCUCGGUAAUUUAAUCUCGAACAGUCGGUACGGUGCCGUCAGUAUAAUAGCUACAGACGAUAACAAACAGCUCUGGUGUCAAGGAUAUGCAUCUACCUGAAAAAUAUAAGAAGAACUUUCGACGUUUCGAGCGAAGGUCUUUCCUUUGGAGGUUAACAGUGGUUAGUAACUAACUUCCCGGUGUCUGUAAUCUACCAACUUCCAAAAUCACUAACUCAACAACUGGGCUGGUUGAGAUUUAGGGUUAAGACUACGUACAGCCGCUAAUGCGAUUUUUUGUGGAAAACUGCAAGGAGUGGGCGAGUUAUUAUAUGACAUGCAGACACCGUCUUAUCUCGCGACGAAAUGCUUUCGCUCGAAACGUCGAAAUUCAGCUUCUAUGUUUCACGUAGUAGCAUACUUUUGACACCGCGCAGCUCUAUGUUUUGGUAAGUUACCACGACACAAGUUUAACAUUGAAACGGGGAAAUGGGUGUUUAAGGAGCUUAUAUAACAUGAUUUACAUGGAAUUUAUUAUGAGGGGUAUGCGAAUUUUUGUAUUUGGAGGAAGGUAGUCUCAACCAUGCCCAAGAUUGUAGUUCGUUAUUUUAAAUUUAGCACACAACCUCUGUGGCUUACCGGAGUUACCUAAAAUCAUUCUCAAAAGUUGUUGGGACACUUGCGGUUUGUAAUCGAUUGAUAUAUGCAAAUUAUUAUAAAUAUUUAUGUCUCCCUCCCCCUCCCCAUGCAGUGUUGUUUAGCCGAUCACACACCAAGGUAAGAUGAUAACUGAGACUCAACAUUGAAAAGAGGACGGGGGGUGGGGAGGGGGUGUAGGUGUGACACAAUAGGUAGUUAGGGCAUCUGCCCAACACAUUUAAAAAUUAUUGUGGGUAGCUUACUAGCUUAUUACAACCGAACCGCAAAAAAGCCGCAGUAUAAGUAGUUUGUGCAUGCAUGUGGGACACGAAAAUAAUGUAUAAUUUUAAUAUACCGGGCGGGGAAAAAAGUACGACUGUUUGAAUUGCUGCAAAAUCAAAACUAAAUGAGCAAUAACACUAAAACAAGUUUAAUGGCAUUCAGCGAUAUCCAACUUAAAUUUUGAUAUAUGCCAUGGCCAUUUCGAUGCCAUAUUAUCAAAGAUACAUGCAUUUAAGCAGGAGUAAACAUUUUUGGAACUGAAGAAAAUUAGCUAAAAAUGACUUAUUAAACAUUAUUACAACAAUAACUUCUGUUGAGAUGCAUUAUGUUCUAUAGCUGGCACGUUCACGCUUAUGGUUAAAAAACAAUUGUCUAUUCAUCAGCAAAUGCAUGUCCCGCAGCACGAAUACAACGUCUUGCCCGUGAAAUCAUACAAUCGAAAAACCACCACCACAUGUCAUCCCAAUCGAUAUUGUGAACACGAAUGUCUCCGACUGUACAACGUUGUCGGCGUAUGAUUCGGAGAUACUCUCUUGUGUUGAGAUUUCUUUCAACAAAGUGUGGACCGAGAACAAUGCCUUCAUGACCUCGUCAAACCAACCCACUAAUUGAAACAAUAAUCGCGAGAAAAUGGUAACGGUUAUUCAAUUGGUUUUAAUAGGGCCUUUUCAGCUAAUUCUUGGCCGUUCCAAAAGUGUUUGCCUACGUUUAAGCACAGUUAUCUCAGCCAAUAUUGCAUAAAAAGGUGCAAGACAUAUAUCAAAAUUUAAGUUAAACAUCGUAGAAUAUACGGUGACUUAUUUAAGCGUAAUAGCUCUUUUAGUUUUCGAAUCAUGGUGAAUCAAACUGUUGUACUUUUUUUGCCCCACCCGGUAGAACAGAGCUAGGGAAAGCUGUAUAACCAUAUGUUACAUCCAGGAAUAUAUAUAAACUCUGUGUAAUGGGUUAGGCAUGGGGUUACGGCUAGGAUUCUAGUUAAGGUUAGCGUUGGGACUACGGUUAGGAUAAGGGGUAAAUAAUGUCCACUGACCAUAUAAGAGAUCAGUGUUAAUGACACAUUUUGUGUACGGUAAUAUAAUGAUACCCUAACCGCAAACGAUUUGGAACCUGGCGCCUAAAUCAGGACAGCAAUUACCUCUGUACAAAUAAAUACCUGAAGAAGCAAUAAUUUUUACCAUAGAUAUUAUAUAUAUAUAUAUAAGACAAACUUGAAUUACUUCAUAUGAACUUUAUUUCACUACAAAUUUGUUUCGUAUAACAAGACGAGUCUUGCCACACUCAUCAGGUGAAUUUAAAUAACGCGCUAAAUUAUUAUUAUUAUUAUUAUUAUUAUUAUAUUAUUAUUAUUUAAAUUCACCUGAUGAGUGUGGCAAGACUCGUCUUGUCAUACGAAAGAAAUUUGUAGUGAAAUAAAGUUCAUAUGAAGUAAUUCAAGUUUGUCUUCUAAUCUUAUCAGCUCUACUACGGUAUUGAGCACUCUACUCAUAUAUGAUUCCAAACUCGAUACUUGUCUGUAUAUAUAUAUAUAGAGAGAGAGAAGUAUCUAGUUUUAUUUCAUAGAUCAGUUCAAUGAAUUAAUAACUACAUGUUUUAGACAUAUCGUAUUUCUCCUGUCAUGAAAUCCUAG